UGAUUUGCUGCGCUGCUCGCCGACGUCAUUGGGUUCCCCCUCGUCGUGUCCGCCUCCCUCCACGCAUGCGCACUCAUGUAAACAGUCAGUCCGGAGCAGCAGCUUCGUCGCAGCAGCAGCAGCCGAUCGGGAUCCGUUCGCCGUUUCCCACCGCCGCCACCGGACGAUUCACGCACCUUCACCCGAUGCUCUGGGUCUGUGAGGUCACUGGAGGUCGGCAGCCUGGAGGGCUGUGAUGUUCUGCAGACGGACGGUGGCCUCCAGCUGUUCUCCACAUCUGUGAGCAGCAGCCUCAUGUUGCUGCUCAGCUCCUAGUGACCGUCUUCACAGCGUCCCAGCAGCGUUUCCAGGAUCAGACCCGGCAUGGAGGGCGUCUCUGUGGACAACCUGAUCGACUUCGACCUGCCGUCUGAGGCCUCGACUCUCGCCGUUGACGGAUCCCAGCACCAAGGCCACGCCGACGUCUUCUCCCCGGAGCCGCCGUCGUGCGCCGGAGUCCACCAGCAGCCGCUACUGCCGGAACCGAUGGCGCCCACCAAGUCCCACCACCACCACCACCAUCACCAUGGAGACGAGGGAGACAGCGACGCCACCGAGUCGGCAGACAGCGAGAACGACAUGGACCCUCCGUCUCACUCCUGGGAGCUGAGGAGGUCGUCGUCCUCGUCCGCCCACAGCGGGGAGGAGGCCGACGCCGAGACGCUGGAGAGGAGGCAGUUCAUGAAGGCGUACGUGGAGAAGGUGUUCCACGGAAAGGAGGACUUUGACCAGGAGGAAAAGGCUCGCUUUGGAGAACUGUGCAGCGGAGAGAACGGGAAAGGCAGGGAGUGGUUCGCCAAAUACGUCAGCGCUCAGCGCUGCCACUCCAAGUGUGUGAGUGAAGCUACUUUCUACAGACUGGUUCAGUCCUUCGCAGUUGUUCUGUUUGAGUGUUACCAGAUGGACGACUACAGCCCGGCCAAAAACCUCAUGACCAUGUGCUUCACCUACUACUACAUCGGUAAAUCCCCGCCGUCGCCCUCAGAGCUGCUGGACCGCGGCGCCCCUCCACCCGCUCUGGACUCGUACCUGAACAAGGCCAACUCCUGGCUGACGGGGAAGAAGGACGCCGCCGAACGCCUCCUCAAAAACACAUCCAAGACCGACGUCAAAGGAUUCUUCGGAGGGCUGGAGAGCAAACUGAGGAGCUCGAUGGCUGGAGAAGGUCCAGUGGAGACCAAGCCCAAAUCUCCUGUGUCGGAGGCUCCAGAGGAAAAGAAAGGAGAGAAGGUUUACCUGUACACUCACCUGAAGCAGCAGCCCAUCUGGCACACGCUGAGGUUCUGGAACGCUGCGUUCUUCGACGCCGUCCACUGCGAGAGGAAGAAGAGAUCUCCGACCACCAGGACGCAGGACGAAGAGAAAGACGAGAGGGAGAAGUGGUGUCAUAUGACCCAGGAGGAGAGAGACGACAGCUCCAAAAUCGAUGAGAACAUUGCCUUCGGCCAACUGGGGACGUUCACUCACAACAUGUUGGCGUUUGGCCUCAGUAAGAAACUCUGCAAUGACUUCCUGAAGAAGCAGGCGGUUAUUGGGAACCUGAAUGAAGAACAGUACAAGCUGCUGACCGACCACAUAGACAAAAUGGCGGCAGAGUGACUUGACAGGCUGCGUUUCAACACAUGACAAUCUGACAACACAUCAGCGGUUUCCCUCCGGAUCAACAUCAACCCUCCGACUGCUGCGUUUGUGUGGUUCACCGCUGAAAACCAACCUGCUGGACUGAACUGUGCCACAGCUGUAGCAAACAUCAGCAAUAAUAAUAGUAACACAAAACCACCAUCAGUCCAGCAUCUGUGUCGACCUGCUUUACCACCACAGUAACUAGCAGCUUAAAGUGAAGUUUAAAUACACCCCGAGCAGCUUCAGUGUGGAUUUACACAUUAUACCCAUGAUGUUACACGUCCUAUAUGCUGUUUAAGCCGUGUUUCCUUGGUGAACAUAUUUAUUACACGUGUGGUGUGAUUAUGCCACAUGGCAAUAAGAAUUUAUUGUGCUUUUACUUGCUGUUCAGGUGGUGUCAGGUCAGUUUUAACGCCUAAAAAUUCCCUUAUGCUUGUUUUUCUGUCGCUGUAGCUUCAUAUUAAAUACAAAAACACACAGUUCUGACAUAAUCUAACAUAGAACUUUAUUAACUUUAGGUGCUUGCUUCAGCACCUAAAAUGUCAGAAACGACAUCCAUGCAUGCUUUCUCUUUAAAAGAUUUAUACCGUUCUCCUGUCAAUAAAUAUGAAUCAAAAACAAGGGGACAGUUAGCUUAGCAACAACAGAAACAGGGUAAACAACUAACAAGCUAAUUAUAAUAAUCACUGGAAUUUUCAGGGAUCAAACAUACAAGUUAUAAUGUGUUAUAUUUCCUUAGAGUCUUUAGUUACUUUAUGCUAAACUAGGCUAAACUCUCUUCUAGCUGUAGUUUUAUGAUUUCUAUCCCAUUUUUGCUGUUUUAAACUUGACACACAAAAUUGUUUGGAGUAGAAAUUCUUGUAUGAACCAUCUUUAUGCCUAUAAACCAAAUAUAAAGUGACAGGAAGUGGGCAGUUAGCUUAGCAUAAAGAUGGAAACAGAGGGUAAGCAAGGUAGUGACAAAACAUAUUAAGACUUCAGGGUGUAAGGAACUUUAUGCUAAGCUAAGCUAGCUAUCUUCUGGCUGUAGUUUCAUAUCAAACAAGGUGAUAUCAAGCUGUUCAUUGUUUACAUGUUUGAAUCUCAUUUCACCAUUUUGGCCUCUCACAUUUGGAGUUUACAGUAACAGCAUGGUUAGCUUAGCUGGCAUAGAAUUGGAAACGGGGUUAACAGCCAGCCUAGCUUUGUACACAAUUGACAAAAUUCAUCUACAAACACUUCUACAGGUCCUUUACCAACACAAAUGUUGCUUGUUUAAACCAUCCAAAAAGCAGAAUAUAAAACUGACAAAUGACUUCAAUGCAGUUGACUUGCUAUGCUUACUAUGCUAAGCUAAGUAUCCUCAGACUUUAGCUUCAUAUGAGGCAGAGAGACAGUCAAUCUCUCUUGUUUUGCGACAUGUUUAUGUUUUAGUGAGUUGAUGUUAUGUGGGAAUAAUGAUUCUUUGAACCAUGGCUGUAAAAUGAAUAUGAAAUGAAAGCUAAGUGAUAGUUAGCUUAAUUUAGCAUAAAGUCUAAAAAAGGACAACAAAUCCAUCCUAGCUUUUUCCCCAAAUGUGUUACAAUGCCUUGCGACCAGCACCAAACUAAUUAACACAUAUUAUACAUGCAUAUAAAUAUCAAAAUAAGAAGUGACUUUAUGCUAAGCUAAGCUAACUGUCAGUUAUUUAAGUUUAUAGCUAAAUUGUUUUGUCCCAUUUUUGAUAUUUUAAACCUGGCUCACAUUUCAAAUUUACUGAUUUUAUGUUGUUUCUUGGGAGGAAAAUAUAUUUUUUGAAUCAUUCGUAUGUCUGUAAACUGAACAUGAAGCUACUGGAUGGUUAGCUUAGCAUAGCACAGAGACCGAAACGGCUAAAUUAAUAGCCUAGCUUUGUCCACGGGUGAUAACUCAACCUAUCAGUAGCUCGCUGGUUGACACAAAAUUUAGACUAAUAGCAAUUUAUCUAAGUGCCAAGUGAAAGUAAAUUUAUGCUAGCUAAGCUAACCAUCCUCUGGCUGUAGCUUUAUAUGAAACAUCAGUUGUUAGCUACCUAUGUCCAUUAUAUUUUUCAAGUUUACACCAGCCAUAUAUUUACAAUUUAUUCAUUUUAUAAAGAAGGAACAUCAAAAUGAUGGUUAGCUUAGCAUAACACAGAGACUAAGACAGGGGUAAAUGACUAGCUUAGCUCUGUCGCAGGUGAUAAACCACUUCACUGAUUGACACAAUUCCAGUUUAUUAUUUUAUGCAGAAAGCAAAAUAUGAAGGUGACAAGGCACUUUUGUACAAAAGAGUUUAUGCUAAGCUAUGCUAGCUGUAGCUUCACAUAUUCCCAUCCCAUUUUCACCACUUUUAACCUUUCAGGAAUUUAAAAUUUACAAAUUUUGUUUUGUUUUAUGAGAGAAAAACACCUUUGGAUAAUUCUCAUGUCUGUAAAGUAAAUAUGACACCACAGUGACUGGAUGGUUAGCUUAGCAUAGUACAAAGACUAAAACAGGGGUACAUAACUAGCCUAGCUUUUUCACAGGUGAAAAAUCCACCUACCAGAAACUCAGUGAUUGACACAAAAUUUGUACUAAAAGCAAUUUAUGUAGCUGAAAAGUAAUUUCAGUGGAAGUAAAUUUAUGUUGUGCUAAGGUAACUAUCCUCUGGCUGUGGAUUUAUAUGAAACAUCAGUUCUUAGCAAGCUAUUUCUAUUACAAUUUUGCCACUUUAAGCCAGCCACAUAUUUACAGUUUACUUAUUCUACGAUUAAGCAACAGUAAGGGGAUGGUUAGCUCAGCAUAGCCUAGCACAGAGACUAAAUGACUAGCUUAGCCCUUUUUUUUAUUUAUACAAAAAGCAAAAUCUGAAAGUGACAAGGGACUUAUGUACAAAUUCAUUUAUGCUAAGCUAAGUAUCUUCUGGCUGUUGCUUCACAUAUUUCUGCCACAUUUUUGCAAUUUACUGAUUCUGAUUUUAAGUUUUUUUAAAUUAGAAACUUUAUUGUGAUCCUGGGGAACAUUAGCGACUCCUUCUCCAUCCAAAGUGCCUUCCAUGGAAGUGAACCUCCUCGUCUCCGAUGCCCGAACAAACACUACUGCACUCUGUAACUCUGCCCCCUGCUGGUUAGCUUCGCCGUGUGGCUGUUUGUGGUUUUAGUGACGGGUUUAGUCGUUCUUGAUGCUAACAGCGUAGCCAAGCAUGAAUCCUGCUGCAUGUGUCUCUUAUCUCGCAUGUGCAAACAGCAUCAAACUCCUGUAAAAGUGAGUGACUGACUUGUGUAGUCGUUGUGUUAUUUAAUGCUGCCACUGUGGGGCAGCGUUGUGUUUCCAAUCCAAGCCUUUCUCAGUGAGACUUUAUCAAACUUGGCAGGUUGAAUCAGACUGAAGUUAUUGUGUAAAUACUGUACAUUUUCUGUGUGUGUUGUGAGAAUCGAUAACGUGCUGCUGUAUGUUAAUUGUGGGUCUUUUAUUGUAAACGUAGAACCAGUAGAUGUGUCGGUGCAUCGUGACCUAAAUGUCUGACUGUAGUUUCGUCACCUGUGUGCCGUGUUUGUGUAAAUGUAAAUCAUUCCUUCUGCUGUCUGGAGCUACAUGCAGUGUUUUAAUUGAUCUGUUUGCAUGAGCUCUGGUUCCACUUCACGCCUCUGAAACAUGUUCUGAAUCUGUGCACAAUUAUUCUGUGUUUUUCCCGACGAUCUUUAAACACUCCUCUGACUCAAACUGUA